GAUUGACUUGCCGCGUGCACCGACAGCGCAGUUUUAUUCAAGUUUGAGCACUCGGAUCUGCAACAACGCAACGUGUCGCAGAAAAAUCAAAAAAUUGGGAAAAACAAAAAUUCCGCAUACAUUUAUAAUUAGACUAUAAGAUUUCUGUGACAUAAAAAAAAAAAAAACAAAAAAAAAAAAAAAAAAAAACAAAAAUAAAAAUUAUUAAACGCUACAAAAACAUAUACUGCAAAAACAACGAACUAGAUCAAUUUCGUACGAUUGCGUUGAAGGAAAAUUGCAGUGUACAGACGCAGAAGAAACACACUAUAUUUUUAAAGUCCACUAAUCAAUUGCAAAGCUUUAAACUGGCUCUCAAAAUUCGCAAAAAUCUCACCUAUAAUUCAUCUACAUCCUCAUCGCCUUCAUCAUCCGCCAUCGAUCCCAAUUUUGCUUUCUCAUCCGCAUAUAAUCCUGAAAUCACCCUUCCAUCAUUAUCAUCUUCGCUUUUGCCGGCAUCAUUGCUAAGUACGACAUUUCAGAGUCUCAUACCAUACGCCAUUGCAGGCAUCACGCCGAGGCCGCAUAACAUUCUGUCGCCGCCGUCAUCAACAAUAUUGCCCCGGACAACAGCACCUCCGACUUCAAGCAGCAUUACCAGCACCGAUUGCAGCCCACAAACGACCGCUGUCACUGCAGUCACAACAUACACAGCCAUGGGUGGCCCCUACCCCCCAUUACCGCCCACAAUUGAGGGUCAAACAUAUUGUUUACGUUGGAAUAAUCAUAAAUCUAACCUGGUCGAAAUUCUCGAUGCGCUUAUAAAGGUUGAGAGCUAUGUGGACUGUACGAUUGUUGUCGACGACCAAGUGCAAUUUAAAGCGCACAGGGUAGUGUUAGCCGCCAAUUCGCCAUAUUUCCAGGCCAUAUUGCAGGAUGUACCAAUGGAUCAUUGCAGCAUUAUUUUUCCCGGUGUGAAAGCAUUCGAAAUGCGCGCACUGCUUGAUUACAUGUACACCGGUGAAGUGAAUGUAACACAGAGCCAAAUACCCACUAUAAUGCGUAUUGCCGAAGAGCUAGAGGUGAAAGGACUUUUCGAUAUGGCCGAUCUGAAGGAGAAGUUUAACAAACUGAGCGAAGAGCAUGCGGGACGGUCAAGCCAUGGUUAUCCAUAUGCGGCUACUAGCGCGUCAUCUCUAACAGCGCCUUAUGCCAUGACGGCUAGUUCAACAUCCGCCCAGAGCCUACCAAGCGGUGAGCACAAUGGUGCUAAAGAUCAUGGCGUCGAUUUACCAAUGCCACCACAAAAGAACUCAUCAUCCGUGAUCUCAACGUCCUCAAACAUAUCGCCAUCGGCUGCAACUUCCAGCACCUCCUCGCCACCAUACGUUAACUAUAAGUCCCCAUACUCAAAUUUAUAUUCCAAAUCUCCUGGCCCCUCCAAUAGUGGUGGGUCUGCUGGCACCGAGAGCGCAGGACAAUCUAAGUCCUCGAAUACACCACAGACACCCACUCAUUCACAAUCUCAGCCAUCAAAUGCCGAACGUGGCCAAUGGCCAUUAUCGCCGUCAGCAGCAGUAAGCCUGUUGGGCUCUGUCUACGAUUCUGUGCCGGAUAAUCCGCUAAAGCGUAAGAAGCUUUCGUCGAUGACCUCAAUGCUAAUGAACCGUGACACCCCUAUUUUACGUAAUGUCUUGGCUCAAGCCAAUCCCGCCGACUCAUCCCAACCAAUGUCUUUCUCAUUGUCUGGCGCAACUAAAUCAGAAAAAUCAAAUGUCGACAAAAACUCGCCUCAUACUGGAUCAUUGACAGGACAUAAUAACAAUCACGGUCAUCACUUCAACGGCGCCGACUACAACAGCGAUAAGAAAUAUCCUGAUGAACCGCAUUCACCCUACACUGAUCGAUCUUUCGAUGACGAUGGUUACGAUGCAAAGGGCAAUUAUGCAGGCGGAGGGUUUAGUUCCAAUGCGAAUCAGAAACCGGAAUGGAAACGCUAUAAGCAAUACACACGCAGCGACAUUAUGUCAGCUAUUCAGUGUGUGCGGGAAGGUAUGAGUGCGCUGCAAGCCUCACGCAAGUUCGGUGUUCCGUCUCGCACACUGUACGACAAAGUUAAGAAAUUAGGAAUAACCACGGGACGGCCAAUGAAUCGCACCAUGAAACGUAGUCCUAGUAACGUAGAGUCGUCCACCGCUUUUCCGUACCCACACGGCUAUGGCGCUGAGCCAUUAAUGUCGUCUAUGCAUGACGGACGCAACGAUGAGCGUGAACCUAAAGAUCACCAUCGUGCUGAGCACCAUCACAUUCCUCCUCAGCUGCCGCAUUCGUUAUUAGAUCACGCAUUACUGCAACAGGCCUUGGAGAGUCGAGGUGGAGACAUUGCAGGACGGGGCGCACUGUUGCUGGCGGCGGCUGCACACGCUGCCGCCAAUCGUAUUUCAACAAGCCCAGGUCCCAAUGGGCCUAAUGCCGUGCGUUCUCCCAGUCCACCUAAUUACGGUAGGAAGUAUGGGCGCGUAAGUGAGUCAGAUUUUGCGAUGGAACGUGGACUAGAUCACGAUCGAGAACACGCCAUUGAACGUGAUGGUGCCCACAGAAAUGAACGUCACAGGUUGGAAAAUGAAUUGGAAAAUGAACAAGAAAUGGCAACUGAGAGUGACCGCGAACGAGAAUAUGAGCGUGACCACGAAAGAGAGCAAGCACACGAUAGGAGACGUGCGCACGAGUUUGAGCGCGGACAAGAGCGGGAGAACUGCGAAAGGGCUCGCGAACACAAUCGGAGAAAUCGACAACACUCCCGCGAAGUUGAAGAGACUACUGGCCAUGUUGAAGACUUAUCUGUGUCACGCAGGCGUUGUAUAUCGCCGCAAGAGGAAGCAUUACAACGACGCACGCGUUCACCCUCAUACUCGCCACCCUCACCACGCGCGGCAACAAUUCCAGCAGCAGUCGAAUGCAGCACAGGAGUUAUUAAACUCGCCACUGCAGCAUCAGUGGCUGUAGCACCUGCAGCCAAUAGCCCGAACAACCAUCGAAGUCGAAGCUCAAGUCGGAACAGUAACGGUCUGACGAUUGCGGACAACAACAGCGUUGAUGAGUACAACAACGAAUCAAACUCCACAUUAGAAGCAGCAACAACAAUGACAACUAUAAAACGCGAGGUCAUUAGUAUCGACGAUGGACGCACCGACUGAUUAAUGCUAUCCAUGGCGUGGCACUACGCAACCGAUACUUGUUACGAAUCAUUGUUUCUGACCCGUUGACUGUCUGCCAUACAAACCAUGCAAUGCAUGAACAAGGCUGCAGAGAAAUGGGGAAUUGACAUAACAUAGCAUAGCAUAACUUUAAUAACUUCUUAAGUAAGCUAGUUAUGAUAAAAUUAUGAUCUUAUAUAAUGUACACAUAUACGUUACUGCAAUAGUGCAAUAAGUGGAUGGAGCAAUGGGCAGUACUAAAAGAAGCUUUAAGUGAGUUCCCAAAUGUUUUUAACGUAUGUAAGGAACAGCAAAAUAUGCGGAACGUAGUAGAGAAUUACACAAGUUAAACUUUUUCGUGAACCUAGUAAAUAUGUUUUAAAUAUAUAUAUAUACAUUUUUUUUUUGUUGGCGUAAUUUAGUUAAAUAGCAAGAAUUAUGUUUUUACGGAAUACGAAUGGGUUUAUUAAAAAACUGAAAGCCAGAUAUUCCUUAAAAAUGCAUUUGCGUUUCGUUCAAAAGGAAAAAGAAAGAAAAUAAAAAGGAAGCUACUGUUGUCGGAAUCACCCUGUGCCUAAAAGUAGACUUUUAUAAAUAAAACUGAGAUGCUACACGUUAGAUAUGUAGUACUAAAAGUGUAAAAUUAGAUUUAGAAUGAAACAAACAAAGAAGUGAGUAUAGGACGUAAAAUUAACCUCGGCUCAGACAUUUUUAUGUAGAACAUAAUGAUCAUUUGUUCACCCCACAAAAAAAAAAUGAAAUGCCACUUUGAUGCGUGUGCUAACGUAGAGACAAAACUCACCACCGUUUAUAUCUUUAAAAGAAGAAAGCUUACACAAGACUGAAGAAGGGAUGAAAGUCCGGAAAGCGGAAAUGCAGAAUCUGGAGAAAUUAAAGAAAAUUUCACUCAAAAUCGCAGUUCGGUUGAAAAAUUGUGCAUAUGUGCAUGCAGAACAGCGAACUUCUAGAAGAGAGAGGAGACAACCACAGAACGUCAAAAACAGACCCAUCCCAACACCAAAAUUUGCAAACAACAUUCCCCAUUCAAAAUAUUAAUUAGUUCUAAAAGGUACAAAUCCGGAACCAAUAGGUUUUUAGUUGGGUGAAUGUUGGGCUCGAGUUAUGAUAGAUCAGGGUUGAGUAUGGAAUUUUCGAAAUUGUAACAAAUCCUCUUAAAAAUUAUAUUUUUUGUAAUAAAAUUGUACUCAUUUUUGUUUUUGUGAUUAAUUAAUAUCUUCAUUUGAAAAUUAGUUUUUGUUUUUAUAUAAAAAUAAGCAUAAGAAAACACAAAGGAUAAUAACCACGGUAUCGUUUACGUUUUCAGUAAUGAAUUUAAAAUUAGAAUGACACCAGUUGUCUGCCAAAAAGCUUUUAGUCCACGGUAACGUUUUCUAAACUAGUUUCACCGCUUUCUAAUUUCCAUUUUCAUAUUGGCUUUAAUAAAAUCUUUUGUUUUUACUAUAGAGGGGACUGAAUCAUUGAAAAAAUAUGUUAAAUUCUACCAUUGCAAUACAAAAAUAAUGCAUUAUUUAUCAAAACUGUAUCCGUUGUACUUAAGUACUUUCAUUAGUGGUAUUGUAUGGAAAAAGUACAAUUGCAUCGAAAAACCCAACUCUGUGGUGGAUGAACGAACCAUUAGCAAAAACAUAACAAGACAAGAAGAUGCAAUCCCGGCCGGUUUGUCUAACAAAACUCAUCUAGAAAAUUUCACCACCCAAAAUCACAUUAGAAUUAAUUCCAAUCAGUUCAGAACUAAUUGGCAGAGAACGUCUAAAAAAGAAGGUGCAACUUAAGUACUAAAAUCUAACGAAUUGGAUUUAACUAUGAUAGAUUUUGUGAUGUUGAAUUUUGUGCGCGAGUUUUAGUACAUGAAUUACACCUACUGUUAUAAUACGACUCCACUAAAGACCAAGGCAUGGGUAUGCAGAUUUUGUGUUUCAGAGAUAGCCAAAUGUUUCCAUUGGGUGUUUGAUGAAAAUUAUAUUUAAACUGUAAAUCGUGUAUUUAAAUUUUUUAUUUUGAAGUGCGAUCUGCUGCAAUUCUAAAAUGGUGCAUAAAAUGGAAAUUUGUAUGCUGACUUUGUAAUUUUAUUUUGAAGUAAUAACUAGUGACGCAACGACAUAUAAUUAAAAAAUCAUAUCUAAAUUUUAGACACCUGCAGUCAAUUAAAUUGUCUCGCUAUUGGACAACUCGCAAAACAUUGUUGUCAGAUUUCCUUAAGAAUACAAUGACAAAAGAGAAAAUGUCAAGUAAAUGAACACUGCCAUUUUAUUUUAAAUUGCAUACAGUGAGCUGAGAAAGUUUGAAAUGGAUUUGAGUUGUAAUAUUUGUAUGGGAUAUGACAAGCCUUUUGGCUGGAUUUUGCGCUUAAACUCGCUAGAGACAGCAAACCCAAGAAUAAGCUGCGGUGGAAACGCAUUAAACACUCGCUGCAAUAGGUGUUUGUUUAGGUGAUGAUUUCUCCUAGCCGAGUUUUGUUAGUGGAACGGGCUGGCAACUGAACCUUGUUGUUUUAUAUGUUCUUCGGCGCAGUAUCGGGCCCGUCCCGUUAACAAAACACGAUAGGGAAUUUGUCUUAAUUAAAACUAAUUGGCUCUAAAUAGAUUGUAAUCUGGUCGAAUUGGCUUUUUGUGUGCUGGAUUCGCCUAGCCGAGUUCAGUUAGAGAAAUGGGACGUGAUUGCACUUUCUUGUCUUUGAAUUUAGGUGGAUAACUGCUUCAAAAACAGUUCUGUAUUAUUCUAUUGCAUGCCUCAAAAGUGGAUUUCCUAAACAAAUGCUGAAAUAAACGGUUGUCCUCGAUAAAUGUAAUGAAUUUAAAAUAAGAAAAUUACACACAUAAAGCCUUCUUAGGCGAGGCGUUGUGCAAAAUGAAAUGCCAUUAGUAAACUUUAGAAGCUAUUAAUUGUCAUAUUUGUGUUUAGUGCUUAAAGAGAAUUUUCAAAAACAAAAAAAAAAUAGUUUUCAAAACUACACUCAAAUCAAUUUGUAAUCUUUGAACGUUGUAUGCCAGUGAUUUGUUUAUAAAAAUAUCCACAGACUAGUAAUUAAGCUAAAAAAAAUCUGCUGCACUAUUUAGAUGUCUACUUUUAAUUUAGUAUUUUUUCUUAAAUUAAUAAUAAAGUCGCUCAAGUAUGUAGAAUAUAUAAGUAAGUAUAGUUACCAACUAAGUGAAUAUACAUAUUUACAACAAUUCUACCUCAAAUCAAAUAUAAGUACUGCGGCGUUGUAAAGUCCUUGUGGGCAUGUGCAUACAUACUUACAUAUGUAUGUACUUACAUGAGUACAGAUGUUAAAUUUUUGUUUGUAGCUUUUACUUUAUUGUAAUAAAUAUUUAAAAAUUUUUUUUUUUUAAUUUUGAAAAUUCGCCACAAACUAAGUUCAAUUUUAAAAGACUGACACUUACCACAAAAUAAUAAAAAAACAUACAAUAACAGAGAGGAUUUCAGAUGGAACAUUUAGACUCCUGACGAACCAGUAAAUGUUAAAUUUAGUUCUAUUUUCAUGAAAGUUUAUUCAAAAAUCGACAAAAACCCUACAAUGUAUUUUUAACAUUUCAAAAAUAAAUCGGAAAUAAUUCAUAGUAUAAAUUCUCAAAUCUUCUAAUUUUAAACACACAAAGAAUAUUUAUUCUCAUAAAUAUUCAAAAACUGCGCUGGGGGCAAUGCAAUUAAAAUUUGGAUUGGCGUUUCGCAUUCAACAAAAAUUCAGAUAAAUUGAAUUAAUAAAUUUAACUGUAAAUAAUAUAAAUUCAAAUAGAAAAUUUCAGAGUCUAUUAUUAUAGUUUGUAAGAUUAUGUAUCUAUGUAUAUUAUGUAUGUAAGUUUAUAUGUCUUUUU